ACAGAAAGGCAUUGUUCUCUGUCGGGCUGGGCAGAAGCAGGAGUGUCUCACAGAGGAUGGAGGAAAAACUCCCCACCGGCAUCAAGCCAUACCUGGACAAGCUCACCCUGGGCGUCACAAGGAUAUUGGAGACUUCCCCAGGAGUUGCUGAAGUGACUUUUGUGGAAAAGGAGCCUGCUGAACGCCACACAAUCGUCUCUUGGGAGCAAAAAAACUCCUGUGUAUUACCUGAGGAUUUAAAGAACUUCUAUCUGAUGACCGAUGGCUUCCAGAUGACUUGGAGUGUGAAGACCGAUGAUACCCCAAUGCCCCUGGGCUCCAUGGUGAUUAACAGUGUCUCGAAGCUGUGUCGGCUUGGGGGUUCCUCUAUGUACACUCUGCCUAGUGCUCCAACUCUUGCUGACCUGGAAGAUGACACAGACGAGGAAGGUAAUGGAGACAAACCCGAGAAGCCACACUUCGAUUCUCGUAGUCUUAUCUUUGAAUUAGACCCAUGCAAUGGGAAUGGGAAAGUGUGUCUUGUUUAUAAGCAUGCUGAACCAGUGGUCUCCCCAGACACGGAGAUCUGGUUCCUGGACAGAGCUCUGUAUUGGCAUUUCCUCACCAAGACCUUCACAGCCUACUACCGCCUGCUCAUCACCCACCUGGGUCUCCCACAGUGGCAGUAUGCCUUCACCAGCUAUGGGGUCAGCCCCCAGGCCAAGCAAUGGUUUAAUAUGUAUAAACCCAUAACCAUCAACACAGCACUCCUGUCUGAAGAAGCUGAUUCCUUUGUGAACAAGCUGGACCCAAAUAAAGUAUUUAAAAGCAAGAACAAAACUCCAGUGCUCAAGAAGAAACCACCUUCACAGCCACCAGGCUCCCAAAAGAGUCACACAAACAUGACCUCUGCCAAGACAUCCUCACUAGCUGGGAAUUCUUCAAGGAAGUGAGCCCACCAAAUCUGACCCUGGACAACAUUUGCAAUAAGCUUUGAUGUUUUCUGCUGCAGAGUCUCAGUGGUUCAGACCAAGUUCCUUGUGCAUGAAUAGAUAUGCCCAUGGAAAACACAUUGCAGCACUUGCAUGAAAUAUAGCCACAAUGUGAAUGUAGUUCCUGGAGGCUCUUAAAAAAAAAAAAAAACAAACUUGAUACACCAAUUGCAUUCCCUUCUGCUACUUGAAGCAUGUACUUUUCAGAAGGCAUGAAGAAACCUUUGAUGUCACUGCUCUGUAGGGAAGUUUUUGUUCCUGUACAACAAGGAAGUUGAAAUGUAGCAGUGAAAUGAAAGCAAAUCUAGUUCACUGUAACUUUAACAGACCCAUGCUGAAGCAGAGGGUGUGAAGAUGUUUUCUGCCAUGUCCCUUGAAAAAAAACGGUCCUGACCUUGCAUGCUGUGGGAGCAGGCUGGAAACCACUGAACACAGAAGUAUCUUUCACUCCAGAUGGAAUCAAACCCUUCACUUCCCUGUGCUUCAUCCAACUUCUGCUCUGAGAUUCAUGGUACAAUGGGACUUGUGACUUCCAUAUCUCUGCAUUAACCGAGCCACUUGUGCAGCCCAGACCACUUUUUGGCCUUUGUGCUGUAUCUUUUCAAAUAGUGACAUGAUUUGAAACAAUCCUGAAGCCAGAAGCUGCAAGAUCUUUUGUUGCCUCCCUUUUGUGGGAGCUGCUGAGCAGAGAGUCGAUGGUGUUUAGUCGCAUCAGCCAGAAGGACCCCUCAGUUUGUCACACAUUCAUUUGCAAAGCUGGCCACUGAAACAGACACUUUUCAGUUGGGAGGAUCUCACCAGGGGCCACUGAGAUCCUACAGUCUUAGAAGCCCCUGAUGCUGUUUUCGCUACUGUAAAUUUUCAGGUUAGAACUGCACUUUAACCCAUUCACUGCUGGUUUUCAGUUACUCCUGUUUGUUUCCAUUACUUUUCUAUGCUAUUCUGUCUUCCAAAUAUGCUGGAAUCAUGGUAGCACCCAACACAUUUUGUGCCUGAAUAUGGAUAUCAGAAUCACUGUCUUCAAGUAAAUUGAUUAUUUAAACAGCAUCAUCUCUAAUUUUUGAAACCACCAAUAAUUACAUAAGACAAACUUACCUCACAGGGAUGUUGUGAGGCUUUCAUGAGUAUUUGUAUGGCCUUCAGACAGACAAAGCCAUCCUGUAAGUGCUUAAUAGUAUUUUAAUAAAUAUUUGAAUAUUUUCCUCCAAAUUG